AUGUCAGUGGAGCCGAGGCAGCGAUAUGCUUUCAGUUCAAAGGGGGCUGGAUGCCCCGGCAAAGUGCCGCGAGAGCCUCAGAUCCUGGAGCUGCCAGCCAUGUCCAAGAUGGGCAACAGCUCGCUGCAGCUAAGACUGCUGUCCUGGAUACCUGCAUGGCUGAAGGUUCGCGCAGCCGCAGGAAAGGCAAGAUGCCAUGAGUGA